CCCCAUCUGCUUUGCUCAGCCAAAUCUCUCGUCAUGUUACCCUGCCAUGUAGCCCCAGCCUAAAUGUUUCUUCUGUCUGGACUGGCCUAAAAGAAUAAAAAAAAAAGAAAAGAAAAAAAAGAAGAAAUAUUGCUCAAAUACUGCAGUGUGAAUGAGGCCUGAGAUGUAAGAUCUGCUUAUGCAGUGUGCUGCAGUACUCCUCGCCACCAGCAGAUGACGCCCGUACGCCGCACGCCUUGCUGUGAUGUAGACGUUUUCCAGCACUUCCUCUUCGCAUACAAACCAAAGGGGGCGGUCAGCUGAUAGGGUCACGUGACUGUGAUGUCGCCCGCGGAUUGUUGUUCCCAGUAGAGGGAGUAGUUGGGGACGCACGUGCAGUGUGGAGAGGACUCCGGUUCCCGUCAUGCUGCGGGGCAGGUAGAGGAUGGCGGGAGGCGUCAGACUGCUGCUGCUGCUCCUGGUGAUGCUAAGGACCGGAGGAUGUUGGCAAAUGCCGGCUCUUCACUGCAGCCUGUACAACUCCUGCGACUGCAGCUUCCGGCCGGACCUCGAUGCACUGGAUUGCGAUCUCGCUCGUAAUGUGUUCGGGCAGCACCUGGCACGGGAGCAGCUGGUGAAGGGCCUGAAAGGGUUUUUGCAGACGGACCAGCCAGCUAAACCCUUGGUGCUGUCAUUCCACGGCUGGAGCGGCACGGGCAAAACUUUUGUGAGCUCUCUGCUGGUAAAACAUCUGUACAAGGAUGGAGUCCGGAGUCCGUAUGUCCAUCGCUUCUCCCCUAUCCUGCACUUCCCUCAUCUCCAGAAUGUGGAUCAGUACAAGGAAGAUCUAAAGCUCUGGAUCCAGGGGAACCUCACCGCCUGCAGCCGCUCCUUGUUUCUGUUCGAGGAGAUGGAUAAGAUGCAUCCGGGGUUGAUAGAUGUUAUUACCCCCUUUCUUGGUCCAUCGUGGGUCGUCUUUGGUUCGAACUACAAGAAGGCCAUAUUUGUAUUUAUCAGUAAUUCAGGAGGAGACGCCAUUAAUAACGUGGCGCUAAAUUUCUGGAGAGAGCGCAAGGACAGAGAGGAGAUCCAGCUCAGUCACGUGGUGCCUGCUAUUACUAAAGCUGUGAUCGCCGACCAAGAAAAUGGCUUCUGGCAGUCUGAGAUUAUGAAGCAGAACCUGAUCGAUGUCUUUGUGCCUUUUCUACCUCUCCGCCCCAUCCAUAUCCGGCACUGUGUGCGCAGCGAGCUGGAGCAAAUGGGGUUAGUGUCUGAAGAAGACCUCGUCCAUUCCGUGGCAGACAGUCUGGUUUAUCUCCCUGAAGAGGAGAAAGUUUUCUCAUCCACCGGCUGCAAAACUGUUCCGUUCCGGAUCAACUACUAUUUAUGAAAGACUACGAUGGGCCGGAGUAAUACAGAUUUGGAAAUGGAGACCAGUUUCUUCUAUAGAACAACCUCAAUGAGCCGUGUCAAAUACUAGAUUUGCGCGUUUCGUAUGCUGGUUAAGUGAAAAAAACUGUGACCUGUAGCUGAAUGUGACCUGAGCUCAGCGCUCUCAGCCCUUCUCAGAGCUGAUCACUGCUAGGGGUUAGGAUUAGGGUUAAAGUGAAUUAUUAUUAUUAUUAUUAUUUUUUUUUUAAAUCAACUGGUACCAGAAAGUUAAACAGAUUUGUAAAUGACUUCUAUAUAAAAAUCUUAAUCCUUCCAGUACUUAUCAGCUGCAUAUAGCUCCCAAGAAAGUUCUUUUCUUUUCUUAAUUUCUUUUCUGUCUAAUCACAGUGCUCUCUGCUGACACCUCUGUCCAUGUCUGGAAUUGUCCAGAGUAGGAGCAAAUCCCCAUAGCAAACAUAUGCUGCUCUGGAGAGUUCCUGACAUGGACAGAGGUGUCAGCAGAGAGCACUGUGGUCAGACAGAAAAGAACUUCCCCUGUAGUAUUCAGCAGCUGAUAAGUACUGGAAGGAUUAAGAUUUUUUAUAUAGAAGUAAUUUACAAAUCUGUUUUAACUUUCUGGCACCAGUUGAUUUAAAAAAUAAAAAUAAAAAAUAGUUUUCCACCGGAGUACCUCUUUAAGAUUAGGGGGUCAUUACAACGGCUUAACUGACUGGGACUAAGGAGUUAAUACUUCUCAUUAUACAUUUCUCUUGUUCAGGCUAUGUUCACAGAACGGAAAUUCUGCUUUUCCAUUUAGAUUCCGUGCAGAAAAGGGAAUUGCAGAUUUGCAUGGAAUUUGAGUGGAAAUUCUGUGUUUUCAAAACUUCAAUGGGACUUUAACUUGAAUGGGGCUCUGAACAGAAUUUCAUGAAGUUUUAAGACACGUCUUUAAAUUUUGCAGAAUUUCCUCGACCUGAAUGAGAGACAGUGGAAUCCUAUUGCACAUAUUGUGCAGUAAAUAUUGUGGAAUUUUUGAGCUGAAUAUUCCCCUUAUCCCUCCAUACACACAAACUUUUGGCAUUGCUGAGAGUCCGUGUUUUCAGAAUGGAGGAGGGGGGGGUAGGUUGCUGGUAGACUAGAACAACAAGGUCAUCAGGGGGAGUCAGGACCCCCCCCCCUAUAUACAUAAGACCAGUGUUUCACAACCGGGGUGCCUUCAGCUGUUGCAAAACUACAACUCCCAGCAUGCCCGGACAGCCUUCGGCUGUCCGGGCAUGCUGGGAGUUGUAGUUUUGUAACAGCUGGGGACACACCAGUUAGCAACCACUGCAAUAGACAUUAGGGUUGUAUUGGGCCUUUUAGGUAUUUUUACAUACUUUAUAAGCCUGCUUGGCUUUUUAAUGCAUUUCAUAAUAUGAAUAAAGAUGGCUGCCUAGUGAAUAGGUCGACAGAU